UAUUUAAGACGCCACGGAGCCGGAGGGCAUCGUCAUCGUGCCCUGCUCGCAUCGCAUCGCAUCGCAUCGCCCAGCGUCAAUCUCUCAACAGCAACCCGGUCUCCUCUCCUCCCGCCCCCCAUUGGCCAUUCCCUCGUUCCUCGGUUCCUCCUCCUCGGCCCUCGCCCAGCCCGGCCGGCGCCCGCGCUCCGCAUGUCAAUCCAUGGGCUGAUCCUGGAAGUCAGAGUCACCGGGUGCCGGAAGCUGCGGGACACGGAGUUCUUCACCCGCCAGGACCCCUACGUCGUGCUCGAGUACGCCACCACCAAGCUCCGCACCCGCACCUGUACCGAUGGGGGAAGAAACCCAACUUUCGAUGAGAAGUUCCAUAUACCCCUCAUUGAAGGGCUCCGCGAGUUGAAUGUUAUCGUUUGGAACAGCAACACAUUAUCCCACGAUGACUUCAUCGGCAGUGGCAGAGUAUAUCUGCACAAGGUGCUCGCAAAUGGAUAUGAUGAUUCCUCAUGGCCACUUCAGACACGCCACAUGAGAUCUGCUGGGGAAGUGAAGCUCAUUAUGCAUGUUGAUGUCUCAGCAAUGAAGAACAAAAUGGGUAAAAGUAUCGGUGCAGCAAGUACACAUUCUGUUCCUCCACCUUCAGUGCCAGCCGGAGUCCCAGUCCCAGCUGCAGCCGCAGCACCAGCACUAGCAUCAGCAGUUCCAUACACUGGGGUUCCACCCUCAUAUCCACCUGCUCCAGCAUAUCCUGCGGCAUCUGCAUACCCUGCUUACCCAACUCCUAGCCAAUCACCAUAUACCACUACAGAAUAUCCACCACCUCCGCAGCAAGCAUACCCACCCCCUUCGGCAGGAUAUCCUCCAUCAUAUCCACCGCAGCCAUAUGGGCAACCAUAUCCGCCACAACCAUAUGGUCAACCAUACCCACCCCCUCCAGAAGCACAGUCCCCAUAUCCAUCUGCGCCUUACCCUGGUACCUAUCCACCAAGACCUUAUUGAUGUAUCAGCUUCAGUAACCACAAGCAGGGGCAUCAAAAGCAGCAAACAACAAUGGUUAUUGCUAUAUGAUGUGUGCCCGUGUUUGGGUUCUUUGUUUCUAGUUAUUUGGUUAUUCUUCCUAACUGAAUUCUACAUACGCUGCUGAACUGUUACAUCGAUCUCAAGUCAGGUAAAGGUCUGGAUGGGAAAUCAAAAAGGAAUGUCAUGAAUUCACUUGUCUGAAGCUAAGCUUGGCUCAGUGCAACAGAUGGAAAUUGCUUCCUUUUUGUGAAUCAUGCGAACAGCCCAGCGACCAUCACUCCACCAGUUAUAUUUACCCUCUCCAGUAUGUACCAUAGGCAGCUUGCAGAAUGUCUCGAUGAAAUCCAUCCUAUAACCUAUAUUGCUCGCUGUGUGUUUGCCAAAAUAGAGAUCAGACCCAGCUUGCUUCUAUCUUGGAGUCUUGUCUGACUGUUCUGUGUGACCAAACAAUUGUACAUAGUAGGGUAUUUCUAGUAACUGCAGACACGUUAGCUGCGAAGAUUGCAGCACCUCGUCUACUUGAAACUUGGGAUGUAUCUGUAACGGUCAAGAUGGUGAAGAUGUAGAGCUCUUUGAUUCCUGCAA